AUGAACAAAACUCAUCCCCAGAGAAAUGGUGAUGUAGCUACUUUUGAUUCAACAAAGUCCUUCUCUGAAGAAAGAGACCGCUGCCAGCCAUGCAGUGCCUGCGCGAGCUGCGCGCGGAGGCGCAUCUGCAUCCCUGCUGCGGCGCUGCUCGCCCUCGCGGCCGCCGUGGGCUUGGCGGUGGCGCUGGCCCUCCUGCCACGUGCACCAGUGAACCGCUUCUGUGCAGCAUCCAAUAACCGGACAGGCUUCUUGUGCGAUGACAGAGUGACCUGCGUCCCGGCCAGCCAGGUCUGUGACAGAGUCAGCAACUGCAGGAACGGAGAGGAUGAGCAGGAGAAACUCUGUGGUGACUUGCCCCGCAGCCUUCCGGGAUACCUGGUUUUCCACUGCGGUAACCCUGCGUACUGGGUCUAUGCCGAUCAGAGGUGUAACGGGAUGAACGACUGCGGAGACUGCUCUGACGAGAUGGGGAGCUUGGCCGCCUGCCCCCCGUGCGGGUCGGAGUGGUGGAGCUGCAGCCCUGUGCUCUACGAGUACUGCUCCUGCGUCCCCAGGAGGCUGUGCCGGGACGGCGUCCAGCACUGCCUCAGCUGGUCCGACGAAUAUAUCUGCAGACCAUGA